AUGGCCGUCCCUAAUCGCCGUCCCAACUUCGCUCGACGGCUUCUCCACGCCGCCUUCGACCGCGAAGAACAAGGCCUGCCUCCAAUCCCACAAGGACAAUCUCACCACACCAACCCACCCUAUGACAUCCCCAUCCCGAACGGCAGCGCGAGCACCAUGCCAACUCCCACUCCUCCAUCCAACAUUUCAACACACGGCCCCAUGCCACCACUCCACCCACCCGCAAACAAACCCCCUCUCACCAUCUCCACGACACAAGCCAGCUCCCUCAUUCCACCCCAAGACAAGCUCCUUGUCUUCCGUGCCCUCACCGGCAUCGACAGCAUCCCUGCCCUCAACACCCUCCACCACUUCAGCCGCACCGCCCCCAACAUCGGCAUCUACACGCGCGUCGUCGAGGCCGAAAAAUCUGCUGCCACGCGCUACCGCUUCUUCAGCAUCCUCAUCAAUGUCUGUCUGGGAAUCCAGAUCGUUGUGGCCGCCGCCCUGACGGCCCUCGGCGCCGCUAGUGGUCCUCACUCCGCCGUGACGGCCUUUGGCGCCAUCAACACCAUCAUGGCCGGCGUGCUGACUUACCUGAAGGGCUCGGGGCUUCCGGAUCGAUUGAAACACUAUCAGAAUGAGUGGCGGAAUAUUCGCGAGUAUAUUGAGCAGCGCGAGCGCGAGCUGUGUCUGGCUGGUUGUUCGUUGGAUAUCCAGGAUGAGAUCCAGUUCAUCGAGUAUAUGUAUGAGGGCGUGAAGAGGGAGAUUGAAGCUACAAAGAGUGGAGAAAAUCGAUCGAAUGCGAGAGAGGGACUGAAUCGCCGGGCGUUUCUGCCGAGACAGGGUCAAUCACAGCAACAACCUCCCCAGGGAGAGGGACACAAUUACGGCUACGGCUACGGCCACCAGGGACAACAGCCGCAGGCGUACCCACAACAAUACCCACAGGCACCAGCCCAGGGUCAGACACAGGCUUACCCGCAUGACCCUCGGAUGUCAAGUCCGGUACGGAGUCCGGAGCCUGUUAUGUUGGAGAAGACUCAUUAG